CAUACCACCUUUCUCUCACACAGCUUCCCUCAAACAUUUAAGACAUUAUUGACUAACAUCAUUAACCACAUUCACUUAUUAACAAACAAAAUAUAUCUUUGCCAUAUAUUGCUCCUCAACAAAAAAGUAUUUUGAUUUGCGUUUUAAGUAAAAUCUAAAUCAUGUCAACUCAAUAGCCUAAAACCAGAAUGUUAUAUCACUGUCUCUCUCUUUGUCUCACGCGCGCGUACGCACAGGAAACAGAUUUGUUGAUGUCACAGCACUGGGCAUGUCCAUAAGAGCCCACAGUAGAAAAUUCAGUCAAUGGAACAUAUCUGGAAAUUUCCCUUGCACAGCCGUAGCUGAGACACAAAGAGGAUUUUUUCACAGAACUACUUCUAAAAGGGAAAUCCAGAUGGGUUCUCAUAUCAUUCCUACUUGGAUAAAUCUACAGAACACACCUAUGGAUCCCAAAGAAGAUCUCAUGGACAGGGACAUCACUCUGACUGUGCUGCUCCCAGGAGGACAGGAGACCAUAGCCACAGUGCAUGGCAGUAAACCAGUUAUGGAUGUUCUGGUUACACUGUGUGCUCAACACCAUCUCGUUCCAUCAGAUCAUGUCAUUAAGCUUAUUUCCACAAAUCAAAACCACAUCAAUUUCAAACCCAGCUCCAUGAUUGGCUCUCUUGAAUUUGAAAGAGUUGUCCUGCAAACUAAAGGAAGUGAUAACAAGAAGAAACCACAUGUUCCUGUGGCAACAGUUCGUCUUCUGAUAAACUACAAGAAGUCCCAUAAGGCAGUAGUACGGGUCAAUCCUACAGUGCCGCUGGCUGAGCUGAUGCCCACAGUGUGUGAGAAGUGUGAGCUUGACUCUGAUGCCACCAUCUUACUGCGAACAUAUCAAUCAGAGGAACCUCUGGAUCUCACCAAAACACUCAAUGAAUAUGGAAUCAGGGAGCUGUAUGCCAAAGACAUUAAAGGUGGUGAUGAAGAACAGAAGUCCCCAGUUAAAGAAAAGAAUCACAGAGAGAAGGGAAACAAAGGUUUCUUUGGAUUAUUCAAGAAGAACAAGAAAACACCUGAGCAGGCUGUGACUGACUGUGCUCCAAACUCUCCUGAACGGAACGGCCAAUGUGCGGACAGGGUGAACGGUGUUAAUGGCCACUUAACCUUACCCAUGGUCAAUGCCGACAUGCCAAAGAAGAGACGCGCUCCACAGCCUCCUAUGAUGGUGUCCCAGAGUGUCACUUGUGGACUUACCACCAGAGAUUUUUCAGACCUAUCAGAGAGUGACUCUAUUGGAAAACAGGUAAUUGAUGGCCAGUCUGAAUAUGGUAGUGUUCAUUUGGCUUAA